AUGUCGCGCGCGACAGGCAGGCACACCCGCCCCAAGAAGCUCAACGCCAAACAGAAUGUCCAGAUUUUUCGUGAGGAUCAAGUCGAAUCAUUGAUCGACUAUGAUUCUCAACGGGCUCAAAUAGAAACCGGUGUUGAGAAGGCCGAAGAAGCUGAAUACCAUCUCCAACAAGCCAUCAAAGCAACUCAAAUAGCAAAAACAGAUGCUAAAAUCAAAGAUGCAUACAUCCCCACUCCACCUACCAUUGCGAAUGAUGUUCAGUAUGACGUCCUCUAUCCCAAAGGCUUUCAACAGCCAGCAACAUACAUCCGCUCAUCAGCCACGGUCGAAGACUGUGCUGGAGUGGCGUAUUGCAUGGACGAGGAAGAUGAAAUUGCCUUGAAACUGCUCAACGCAAGAUUACCUGCAGAGCAUGCUCCUUGUACUGAAGAUCAAUUUGAAGAGGUCAUGAACUUCUUUGAAGAAACGGCUCAGACAAAACAGCCUUUCGCAGCUGUUGAUAGUCCUCCCGUCUUACCUUUAGAAGAACUGCAAGAACAGUUUGAUAAUACCAUUCCUUCAUAUGUGAGAAACCUUUCCAAGUUCCUCUACGACCAUUGGAAAGCGCGGCGAACCAUCACUGGAAACCGCGGGCUGGCUCCUCGGCUCAAGUUUGAGACCGGCCAAGAAACGGAUGAUUCCGAUCCAUAUGUCUGCUUUCGAAGACGAGAGCUGCGGCAAAUCCGAAAAACCAGAAACAGAGAUGCUCAAAGUGCCGACAAAUUGCGGAAGCUUCGGCUUGAGCUCGAGACUGCUCGUAAUCUUCUACUCAUGGUGAAGAGGAGAGAAUUCUUGCGCAAAGAAACCCUCGAGAUGGAUCGAUUGGUGUUUGAACAACGCCAGGCAUUCAGAGAAACAAAGAGAAAGUUGGGCAUGAAGGGAGACGAGGAUCUGCUCAUCAAUCAAAAGAAGCAGAAACUCCCACCUGGCAUGACACCCGGUCAAGCUGCUCUUGCUCAACAACUUCGAAUGCCCAUGGUCCCUGGAAGUGGUCCAGAAUUGCGUACUCUUGAAGAUGUCAUGGCCGCCAAGGAACGUGAAAUGGAGAAAGAAAUCCAGACUAAUGUCGAUAAGCAUAUUCGAUGGAACGAAGGAUUUGUUGAUAAGACCAUGGCUCCACUCACACCAGAACUCGAACCAGAACAUCCAGAGCCAGAUGACCAUUUCCGAGAAGCAAUGGCCGCGAGUGUGUACCUUCCAACACCGCCAGCUAGUGUUUCGGACGAAGAUUCUCAACCACAGCAGAAUGGUGCAGACGUCGUGAUGAAAGAUGUAGCUCGCCCGCCGACACCCAUUCGCUAUGCGACACCUCCCAGUGACGAUCAGGGCAUUCAGAUGCCAUCCUUCCGAAGAAGACUCGGAAGAGGUGGUCGAAUCAUGAUUGAUCGAAAACUUCCACGACCGCGACGAGAUCCAGCUGAUGAUGACCGAUUCAAAUAUGACUCUGAUGACGAUGAAUCGUCCGUCUCCAAUUCAAGGACGGAUGAUGUACUUGGCCGCAUGAUCCAGCGUGCUUACCUCAUAGGUAAUAGCAGACCAACGGAAGCUCAGACGUCCUCGGCGAGAAAAUCCCAGCAUGAAGCUGGUGGUCCGAGUCAGUCGUCACCAGCAGGUCCACAACCCUCUACACAACAACAGCAACCGACGCCUGCACCUUCUUGA